CCAGUUAUAAAACAGAACCAAACUUGUGCAAAAGAAAGUGAGUGGCACGCGACUGCCAUCGCACAAGUUGUGAUACAUACAACGAAAGGUGAAGAUUUCAUAUUUCACAAGAAUUAAAACUACAUUCUGAACUAAUGGGGACCUCGUCUUCAUCAUAUUUGGAUCCGGAGAUAAGAGAACUCUUCACCCCGAGCGGACCACAAACAGAUAAAGAGAUCCGUUCCCUAUAUAAAGGUCAAGAGAUGGCCAAACACUACGCUGACCACAGGCCUGGCUACCCUCCAGAAAUCUUUGAUACAAUCAUGUCGUAUCACAACGAAGUCAAGUCCAACUGUCACGAUCUGGCCGUAGAUGUCUGCUGUGGUGCUGGACAGUCCACUCUACCCCUGAUUAAACUAUUUAGCAAAGUGGUUGGUGUGGAUAUCAGCGAGGACCAGAUUCAAAACUUACCUAAAGAUAUACCAAAUUUAACUGCAAUUGUUGGUCUUGCUGAAGACCUGAGCAUGAUAGAAUCUGGAACUGUUGACCUUGUUACGAUCGCCACUGGACUUCACUGGGUCAACAUAGAAAAGUGUUUGCAAGAAAUCAAACGUGUCCUAAAACCUGGAGGAACCUUCGCAGCCUACACCUGGACCAUGGACCAAUUCGACGACCCGGAAGUAAACAAAUACUACCGUCAGGUUUUAGCAAUAUUCAAGGAAUACUACUCUUCUCGGCUUCUGAUAGGCAUAGAGAAAUAUAAGUCGAUUAUCUUUCCUUUCACUGACCUAAGAAGGUGCGAUGUGACCAUGAAAGUUGAAAUGACCCUGGACCAGUUUAUUGGUUUUAUCCAGUCCUUCCAUACCACGAAACUUUACUAUCAAGACCAUCCUGGAACUGACGUUCUGGAGGAAAUACGAGCAAGAAUGAAAUCAAUCCUAACAGCUGAUUGUAAAGAUGACAAUGACACGAUGAAUGUCACCAAAGAUUAUUUCUUAGUACUCGGUAGAAAAUGAGAUCUCUGACUCUCACUAGCUUUGAACUGCUUUGGGUUGCAAUAUUUCUACAGAAUCUCUGGAUUGUAUUGUUCUAGAUGACCUAGAUAUAGAUUAUACGCUUUUUCUUGCUUUAUUAUUUACUUUAAAUCAUUAAAGAAAGUCAAAGAUUAAUAUCUGAA